GGGCGGCCGGCGGCCGGAGCGUGGCGGCGGCGGCGGCGGGAGAGCGGUUCCGCGGCAGACAAAGAGUGAAAGAAAAGAUGCAGAAGGGUGAAACUGACUUGAAGCUCUUCAGAAGGAAGACAACUAGAAACUGAAGCUCCCAGAAAUAAUACAAAUUAUAACUGUGGUGGAUCCGCAAUGUUUACAUCAUGCAUAAAGCUGGAAGCUUAAGGCAGCAAAAGCCUGUUUGCUGUCAGGGGAGAGAACGGCCUGGGAAACCAACGGCCUGAACCAGUUUGGCCCCGGUAGUCCGCAGCAAGAGUGACUUUCUCUAGUUACUCUGGUUUGACCGCUUGAAAGGAAAACCUUCCAAAACGCGGGAGAUGCAACUGCUUGAUAUUGAUAGUGAUGAAAUGCUGGGUCUUGAAACCAAGUACGACUCCCAGCUGACAGUUUGUUUACACUUAACUUCUACAUUGUGGCACAGCGUGUAGGAAUCUCAGGCUGAAGUGCCGAAGAGCCCGCUUUGCCCUGUUGCUGUUUCGCUAAAUAAAUGAUACCAGCUACUGACCAUGUCAGAGUUCCAAGAUGCUCACCUUGCAGAGGUGAAACCUCUGGUGGAGAAGGAGGAGGCUAUCACUCGCCUCCUUCCAGACUUUGAUGUUCAGGAGCAAGAUGUGGAGACUGUGCAUGGCUCGGUCCAUGUCACCAUGUGUGGGACUCCCAGAGGGAACCGGCCAGCCAUCCUCACCUACCAUGACAUCGGGCUGAAUCAUAAAACAUGCUUCAAUCCUCUCUUCAACUUUGAGGAUAUGCAGGAAAUCACCCAGCACUUUGCAGUCUGCCAUGUGGAUGCACCCGGUCAGCAGGAUGGAGCUCCGUCUUUCCAAGCUGGGUACGUGUAUCCCUCCAUGGAUCAGCUGGCCGAAAUGCUUCCCGGCAUCCUGAAACAGUUCGGGCUGAAGACCGUUAUAGGAAUGGGAACUGGAGCUGGUGCCUACAUCUUAACCAGAUUUGCUUUAAACCAUGCAGAUAUGGUGGAGGGAUUAGUUCUCAUUAAUGUAAACCCUUGUGCUGAAGGUUGGAUGGACUGGGCAGCAACUAAGAUUUCAGGUUGGACAAAUGCUUUACCAGACAUGGUCAUUUCACAUCUUUUUGGAAAGGAAGAGAUUCACAACAACCAUGACCUGAUCCAUACUUACCGUCAGCAUAUUAUUAACGAUAUGAAUCAAACCAACCUUCAUCUCUUUGUCAACUCUUAUAACAGUCGGCGAGACCUGGAGAUUGAGCGUCCUGUUCCCGGAAUAAAUGUUGUCACCCUUCAAUGCCCCGUCCUCCUGGUGGUUGGCGACAGUUCCCCGGCAGUGGACGCCGUGGUUGAAUGCAACUCUAAGCUGGACCCAACAAGGACCACACUUCUGAAGAUGGCUGACUGCGGUGGGCUCCCUCAAGUUUCCCAGCCUGCCAAGCUUGCAGAAGCAUUCAAAUACUUUGUUCAGGGAAUGGGAUACAUCCCCUCUGCUAGCAUGACCAGGCUGAUGAGGUCCCGCACUGCUUCUGGAUCCAGUGUAACCUCUUUGGAAGGACAGAGGAGCCGGUCUCACACCGGGGAAGGCACAAGAAGCCGGUCUCACACCGGGGAGGGAACGAGGAGCCGAUCCCACACCGGGGAAGGUGCCAGGAACCGCUCCCAUACAGACACACGCAUCGAGCUGACGCCGAACUCGGCAAGCAGCGCUGAACAAUCAAGCCCCAAGUCCAUGGAAGUGUCCUGUUAGAUGGCGGUGGGAGGUUUAAACUAGUCACAGUGUGAAAAAGUAAUGGAUGCCCCCUGUGUAUCACAAAAACAUAACUGGUAUUAAUCUCAAGCUAUUCUGUAGGAUGAACUCUGUUCGCCAGGGUCUGACAGGGACCAAAGAAAAGAAGCAUCUCAUUUGCUCUGUCGUUAUUCCUGUAUAUCAGACAGUUGCUGCUAUUGUGCCCUCCUUCAAUGGAUGCCAAAUUCUAAAGGAUACUUGCCAAAAGCUGAUGUGGUUGUAAACACUUCAGAGUCAAACCAGACUUGCUUAAUAUCCUCCUUUAAAAUCAAAGCUGUUACAUGCCCCUUUAUCUCUUAUUCUCUUGAAGUAAACUGGCACAAUUGGAGAUGAGUUUCAAAGAGGGGGAGAAAAAAAAUCACUAUUAAGGAUGGCUUUUAAAGAAGGAAAUGAAACAAAUGUGUUAUGGCCUCAUGUUGAAGCUGGAGUCAAAUUCAUUGUAUAUAGCUUGACUUCAAAUGAUAAAGAAGAUAAUGUAUCGUGCAUUUAUAGGCCUUCUAAUACAUUAGUAUUCAAGCCUGUUUUCCUAUGUACAAUAAUAUACUACUAAAAUAGGCGAUUUUAAUGUGACUUUGGGACGAACUAAAUCUUUAAGCUUUUUUUAUUUUACUUUUUUGAGAUUUAGUUCCAGUCUUCCUUUCCUUCCCCCCCUCCUAGACCCUAAAACUUGCUUAGCCAAAUGAGGAUGUGAUUUAAAUUUAAUAAGCAAGGUAGCAUUUCCUCCUUGGGAUCUUGGGCCAUCGGGUUUACCAUACUGCAAAAGUUGGUGUAGUUGUAACAAGUAGGGUAGCUGUAUAUGCCAGCAAAGCAGAAACAGCUUGAUUUUUCCUUCAGACAGCUUCUUAUCUUUGCAGCUCAAGUUUUUGUGUCCAGCACAAUUGUGAUAAAUUUGGAAUUCUGUAAGAGAAGCCAGAUCCAGCUGUUCUUUGUCAGGAGAGAUGAAUAACUGUGGGAUGGCAUGUCAUUAGAUACUGUACAUUCAACUGCCACUAAUUACUGGAUUUGAAACUCUUGAGAUCUCACUGGUGCUGAGAAGUGUAUUCCACAAAGUGGUGGAGCAACAACACUGUAUCUGAAAUACAGUGCUUAAUGCAUAAAUGUAAUGAUCUGCUGGUUCUGCAUCUUCAGCCUCCGGAAACCUUGGGUUACUUUCUUUGAUGCUAGUGGCUUGAUACCUUUCUGCCAGUCAGAUUUUCACAGUUGGCUGUCCUUCCAACUGUGGGACAGUAGUGGGACAGGAUUUCCAGAGCUCCAGUGCAUACCUGCUGCACUGCAGUCCUUGCACAAACAAGAAAACUCAAAUGCUGAGCAGUUAAAUAGCAAAUGUUAAUACUUUGGGAUUGCUUGUUCAGAACACCAUGUUACUUUAUAUUAACUAGCUUCAGCUCUUGUGUAGAAUAUCCAUAACAGUUUGUGGGAAGAAAAGACAAUUUCCAGAAAGAAUAAAGCUAUUGUGUAAAGUCUAUCAAGAAAAGUUUCUUAAUGAUGUAUUUGUAUUUAUUUCAAAACAAAUAAAUUUGUAACUUUGCAA